UGCUGGCGGCCGGGCCGGUGCGGCGGCUGCUGCGGGCCGGGGAGGGCGCCAGGCACCGAGCCAUGCGGAGCUGGGGGGUGCUGGGGGGCGCGGCGGCGGCGCUGGCGGCCGGCAUUUACGUCCUGUGGGGCCCCAUCGGCGGCAGGAAGCGGCGGCGGAGAGGGCUGGUGCCAGGCCUCCUGAACCUGGGCAACACGUGUUUCAUGAACUCCCUGCUGCAGGGCUUGUCCUCCUGCCCCUCGUUCAUCAGGUGGCUGGAGGAGUUCACAGCCCAGUACAGGACAGAGCAGAAGGCCCAGGAGCACCAGCAGCUCCUCUCCGUGACGCUGCUGCAGCUCCUCAGAGCUUUGUCCUGCCAGGAGGUGACAGAGGACGAUGUCCUGGAUGCCAGCUGCCUGCUGGAGGUGCUGAGGAUGAACAGGUGGCAGAUCUCCUCCUUUGAGGAGCAGGAUGCCCAUGAGCUGUUCCAUGUCCUGACCUCUUCCCUGGAGGACGAACGGGAUCGGCAGCCCCGUGUGACCCAUUUGUUUGAUGUGCAAUCCCUGGAGCAACCAGAAAUAAUCCAAAAGCAAAUAAGCUGCAGGACAAGAGGAUCUCUUCCCCCUAUGUCCAACCACUGGAAAACUCAGCACCCUUUCCAUGGAAGGCUGACCAGCAACAUGGUCUGCAAACACUGUGAGCACCAGAGCCCUGUGAGGUUCGACACCUUCGACAGCCUCUCCCUGAGCAUUCCAGCAGCUGUGUGGGGUCGUCCCAUGACACUGGACCAUUGCCUCCAUCACUUCAUCUCCUCAGAGUCUGUGAAGGAUGUUGUGUGUGACAACUGCACCAAAAUCCAGGCAGAAGGAAUUCUGAAUGGACAGAGCAUAGAAAACCAGAGAACAACGUUUGUUAAGCAAUUAAAGUUAGGAAAGCUGCCCCAGUGUUUAUGCAUCCACCUGCAAAGGCUGAGCUGGUCCAGCCAAGGCACUCCCCUGAAGAGACACGAGCACGUCCAGUUCAACGAGUUCCUGGUCAUGGACAUCUACAAAUAUCGGGUUCCUGGUCCCAAAUCCUGCCAGGAGCAGCUCAGCCAGAAAAACUCUGAGGAGACAACCCCUGGAAUGAAGGAUGGGAGAGCAGGGAAACCUUCAGAUGCAGAGCAACCAGCUGGUACCAAACCUCUCUUCAUGAAUGGUGCCUCCUCUUCCUCCUCCUCCUCUCCCUCAUUUUUGAUGUCCCCAGGAACUUUCCCACUUACUUCAUUCCCUGAGUGUAGGGCCCCGCUGUACCUGUACCGCCUGAUGGCCGUGGUGGUGCACCACGGGGACAUGCACUCGGGACACUUCGUCACCUUCCGGCGCGCGCCGGGCGCCCGCGGCAGCCAGUGGCUCUGGAUCUCGGACGAGUCGGUGCGCAGGGCCAGCCUGCACGAGGUGCUGGCUGCCAGCGCCUACCUGCUGUUCUACGAGCGCGUGCACGGCCGGGCCCAGCCCCAGAGCCCGGCCCAGAGCUGAGCCAGCAGUGCUGGGAUGGCCCCAGCCCUCGGGACCGUCCCAGCCCUCGGGGUCGUCCCAGCCCUCGGGACCGUCCCAGCCCUCGGGGUCAUCCCAGCCCUCGGGACCGUCCCAGCCUCGGGGUCGUCCCAGCCCUCGGGGUCAUCCCAGCCCUCGGGACCGUCCCAGCCCUCGGGACCGUCCCAGCCUCGGGGUCAUCCCAGCCCUCGGGGUCGUCCCAGCCUCGGGACCGUCCCAGCCUCGGGGUCGUCCCAGCCCUCGGGGUCAUCCCAGCCCUCGGGGCCGUCCCAGCCCUCGGGGUCGUCCCAGCCCUCGGGGUCAUCCCAGCCCUCGGGACCGUCCCAACCCCUGGGACCAUCCCAGCCCUCGGGACUGUCCCAGCCUCGGGGUAAUCCCAGCCCUGGGACCAUCCCAGCCCUUGGGACCGUCCCAGCCUCGGGGUAAUCCCAACCCCUGGGACCAUCCCAGCCCUUGGGAUCUCCCAGCCCUGGGACCGUCCCAGCCCUCGGGAUCAUCCCAGCCCUCAGAUGGAGCCUCCGUUAUGCAAAGCUCCCCCUCUCCAGGCUCCCUUCCCUGUGGUGGGAGCAGCUGGGAGUUGUGGUUUGUACCCAAAUCCUGCUGUUCCAGCGCCGUGCAGCCCCGGGUGUGUGUUGAGAAGUGUUUCUCUGCCUUGUCCCAAGGCUCUGUUCCGUGUCCUGCCACCGCACUUUUCCCAGGGAGAUGCUUUAUCCCACAUGUUUCACUUCCCAAGGGAGAGCCCUGGAAAGGGUUGAGGUCAAGCUGCUGUUGAAGAGCCCCUCCCUGUCCCAGUCCCUCCCCUGGCACCUCUCCCUUAUGCACCAGCCCCUCCAGAUUCCCUUCCCUGUGGCAAUGGCUGGGAAUUGUGUUUUGUACCAAAAUUCCCAGAGCUGUUCCCAAGUCCAGCCCCACGCGUGUGUUGAGCAGCCUUUGUCAGGCAGGGAUUUGAUCCCAAGGCUCUGUUGCCAGCAUUUCCCAGCGGGGAGCCCUGGGAGGGGGCGAUGGGAAGCUGCUGUUGGCAAUGAUUUAAGACACAAAGUGCCUUGAGCUUCCCUCAACAGCUGCAUUGCCACUGGCCCAGCCCUCUGCAUGCCCACUGCGUCCUGGGAAUGCCUCACACCCACGGAUGAACUCGUGCCAUCCCAUUCCUCCUGACCCAUCAAGGCAUCUCCACUAACUGCCCCCAUCCAAAAAAUUUCCCUGCUCACACGAUUUUCCUCCUACUUCACUUCUUUAUAAUAUAUAAAGUCCUGCUCCUGAUUUAAAUUGCUUUAUCCAGGAGAUAAUUUUGUAUCUAUUAAGAGCUGAAACCUUAAUUUAUUGCUCCAUACCUUUGGAAUCUAGCUGGAAUCAGCACAUGGGAGUGUUUGUUAGUGCUCAGUGUUGUCAUUUCCUUCAGCACUGUUGAAUCCAGUUGUUUUGUAGCAUCAACUACAACUUUUAAUGCUGUGAUUUCCAAGCUGCUGUAACUGUUCUAGACUUGUCCUUCCCAUUUUAUUGCUGGAAUCUGCUAUUCCCAGCAUUGGGAUCCACGCUCCUGGCUUGCAGCUCAGCUGUAGAGCAGCCCCUGGCCUUGUUAAACGGAAUAUAAACAACAGGGCCAGGACUGGUGGGCACUUUCUGGUCUCAUGAAGAAAUCUGGGAAUCCUGCAUUAGCCCCAGGCUGUCCUGUAAAUAGAAAUAAGGGGAAUUGUGCUGCUUUGGAUUGUUUAAUGUGCAAAAAAAAAAAAAAAAAAAUCCCAAAGCACAGAGGGAGAAGCAGAAAAAAAUCCUCCUUUAAAAACCUGCUUUUAAAUGACCAGGAAUAAAAUAUGUAGGUUGUUUUUAGCUCUUUUCUGUCCUUGUAAGCUUGGAGGAGAAAAAUCCCUCAUCAGACAAGCUUUUUUUCAGUGUGAAGUUUUCAAAUAACAACGUCUUAAAUAGUUUUUUUAGGGCAACUUUGUACCUCAUGAAUUCAUAGUGCUGCCCAAAGCUUGGGGGUGUUCACACUUCCUCAGGAGAGGCUCCAAACCAGCCAAAGCAGGAGUGGUAAAAUGGGUGGAUAUGCAAAAUUAUUUACAUAACUCAUCAUUCCAGAGUCUGGAGCACAAUUCCUGGCCCAGGUAAUGCUCAUAGUACAUAAAUAUUGAUAAAUCCACUGCUGGACUGGGACCUGGUUCCUGGCUGUGCUGCAUGAGCAGUAGCUUGGUUUUAACUUGUUUUAAUUUACAAAAAAACCAAGAAUCUAAACAAAAAAGCCUUGAAGGAUGCUAAAUGCCAAAAAUUUGCUCUGGCCACUGAAGGGAGAAGGAUUCAGCCCUCCCAACUGGGAGCCAUCUAAAACCAUCACCCCAACAUCUCCCUCCAGCAGAUCUGCCCCUGUACCUCAGAACUGAAACCAUUUCCAGUGCCAGCAGUGGCUGUCCUGCAUUCUCCAGGCUCAAUGCUCUGCUUGGGGGGUUUUCCUGGAUUUAGGGGUUUUUCCUGGAUUUGGGGGUUCAGCUGAGCAGCCCCUUGGCUUAGUGGUGCUGGAGGGAGGGGCAGAGGACACGCAGAUGGACUGAAAUCUGAAGUCAGGCAGCUGGGACCAGCAGGUUUCCUCUUGCCAAGAGCUGUUUCCCUGGGCUGUGGAUUGACUCUGGAUCUCCCUCAAGGGCUAUCAAGGUGGGGGUUGAGCUUUUUUCUGGCUUUGCUGGGUGGGGAGGAGUAAAUGGGCUUGGCUUAACCCUCAGGUGAGGAAGGGAGCAAAGCCCAGCACCUCAGUCCUGGCCCUGAGCUCUGCCAGAUCCUGCCACCCCCUGUGAGCUGGGGAUCUGUGCAGGGCUUUGGGAGCUCAUCCUCUACUCUGGAGGUCACUGGGAUCUGUUUUCCAGCCUCUGGAAUUUGUGCAGGUGUUUGGGAACCAACCCUCCUCCCCUCUGCAGGUCCCAGGGCUCUGGUGUUUGCCAGCCAAGCCUCCCUUUGGAGGUCACUGGGAUCUGCCUUUCCAGAAGUCACAGAACUCUGUUUUUUCCAGCCAAACCUCCCCUCCGGAGGUGCCUGGGAUCUGUUUUCCAGCCAAACCUCCCUUCUGGGAAGGCUCUAUGCAGCCACAAGGCUCAAAUGCUGGUAGUCGUCCCUCCCAAGCUGCCGUGGUGGAGAAGAUAUUAAUAAAUUGUAAAGAAUUAAGAGCUCCAA